AGGAGCCCAAAGUUGGUAUCAAGACAAUUAAGAUGUACUGUCAGAGGAUGCAGGAGGAGAACAUCACACGGGCAAUUAUUGUUGUUCAGAUGGGCAUGACACCCUCAGCAAAACAGUCUCUAGUCGACAUGGCACCCAAAUAUAUACUGGAGCAGUUUCUACAGCAGGAGCUGCUGAUUAACAUCACAGAGCACGAGCUUGUACCAGAGCACAUCGUCAUGACAAAAGAGGAAGUGACUGAACUUCUGGCAAGAUAUAAAUUAAAAGAAAGCCAGCUGCCAAGGAUCCAGGCCGGGGACCCUGUGGCUCGUUACUUUGGCUUAAAAAGAGGACAGGUAGUGAAGAUCAUCAGACCCAGUGAAACAGCUGGGCGGUACAUCACAUACAGACUGGUCCAAUGACAGUUAUUCUCCCUGAUCAACGUUUAAGGACCAGUGAAGGAAUCUCAGCACGACAGCUUUGGUUAUUCAUUGUUCAAUUAUCACCCUGCUUGUAUCUUUGACCUGAAUUACUGAUUUUGUAAAAUAAAUGAUUCAAAAUUGAAA